AUGGAGGUCACCUGGGGAGUGAUCAAUGUGCUGACUUUAAUGACCUGCUGCACAACAAGCAAAGCAGCUGCUCUGACUGUGAGUCCCAGCAGAUCUCAAUUUUUUCCUAGAGAAUCUGUGUCUCUGAGCUGUGAGGAGAACAACAGCUCUGCUGGAUGGACUGUAUGGAGGAACACAACCAGAGAAACCAGGACUCAGUGUGGAGAUGGAUGGGGGGAACCAGCUGGAUCUACCUGUAAGAUCAGCUACCUUUUCCUAAUAGACAGUGGAGUUUACUGGUGUUGGUCGUCCAGAGAGGGAGCAGCCAGCAGUAGCAUCCAGCUCACUGUCACUGGUGGAUCAGUGAUCCUGCAGAGUCCUGUUCUCCCUGUGAUGGAGGGAGAUGACGUCACUCUGAGCUGUCUAACAAAGACCACUCCCUCCAACCUCCCAGCUGCUUUCUAUAAAGAUGGCUCCCUCAUCAGGACUGAGCCCAAAGGUCACAUGACCCUCCACCAUGUGACCAGCUCUGAUGAAGGCCUCUACAGGUGUAACAUCAGUGGUCAUGGAGAGUCUCCAUCCAGCUGGAUCUCUGUUGAAGGGAAACCAACUACUCUACAUUCACCCAGGUCUUCCCCACCUUCAUCCACCUCUCCUUCUGACCAGUCUUUCCUCCACAUCAUAGUAGUUGCUGCCAUAUUUAUCUUUUUGGGUUUACUCUUGCUUCUCCUGUUUUUGCUGCUUAGACAUCAUAUUUGCAGGAAAUCUCAAGCUGAAGAAGUGAAAGAAGGAGAAAAAGACAUAACAUACAGUGAUCUGAAAAUCCUCACCAGCCAGCAGCAGCCAAUCAGAAGGAGGAGAGCUCCCAGUCAGCUGUGCUUCACUACUGUUCUCUACAAUGAGAUGGAAGAAGAAGAACAUCUGAUGAUCUUCACUCCUGGAGCCAUGCAGUAA